UGAUCGCAAUAAUUUUUUGCAUAUUUUAUUUAUCCGUGGCGAUAAAUAAGUGAUAUUGUGUUUAUAAAUGUAAAUUAAUUUACAAAAUUCAACAUAAGUUCUUGAAGCACCUGUAACUUCGAAUAUAUAGCAAUAAAUGUGACUUUUGUGCUCCGUAAGCUGUCACUGAAAAUAAAAUCAGUUUUUGCAUUUAUUUUGAUAUUUUAGUGAAUAAACUAAUAUGGAUUACGUUACAACGUUAAAGAUUCUUGUAAUCGGUGAAAGUGGAGUUGGCAAGUCCAGCAUCAUCCUAGCAUUUACAACCGGGGACUACAAUUCCUCGUUCCCUGCCACAAUAGGAGUGGACUACAAGUGUAAGGUGAUGGACGUAAACGGUCUGAAGGUGAAACUCGGUAUCUGGGACACGGCAGGACAGGAGAGAUACAGAACGCUCACAAAUAGUUUUUACAGGGACGCACAUGGAGCAAUAUUGGUAUAUGAUGUAUCGGAGCCAAAAACACUGCACAAACUUAACGAGUGGGUGGAGGAGUUACAAGUGUAUUCCACAAAGAAGAAUAUUGUAUGUCUGGUUGUGGGAAAUAAAAUAGAUAAGGAGCGAGCUGUCAGCAGAGAGGCGGGUCAGGCGUUCGCACAAAAACACAGAAUGCUGUUCAUAGAGAGCAGUGCCAAGACACAAGAGGGUAUCAACUUGGCGUUCGAGGAACUAGUUCAAAAGAUUAUCGAAACACCUGGACUUUGGGAGUCCAAACCCUCGUCUUCUAACAUCCGUGUGUCGAGCGAGGAGGCCGCCCGAAACGCGGAGUCAUCAUGCUACGACUACACCUGCACUAUUUAGCGAAUAUUUCGAACCUCCGCGAUUUUGUAGCACUAUUAUAACACCCUAUCAGCUUAGUGUAAUAAAAGUAUGUAUUUAUCACAAUUUAAAAUAUUUAAUAUUUUUUUAUCAAAA